GCCCGGCACGGCGGAGACGCCACACGAAGCCAAUGGCCGGGGAGCGAGCGAGGAGCCGGGCAGCCGCCGCGGGGCCAGAGCCUGCGGAGGCGGGGCCUGCGAGGGCUUAUAGGGCCGGGCCGCGCCCGGGAGACCGCGGGCGCUCCGCGCGCGGCGCCAUGUGACUCUGCGCGCGCCCAGCUGGGACGAGUUAGAGGCGAGCGGCGGCCGGGGCCAGCCAGCUCCCGGGGCCAGCCAGCUCCCGGCUCUCCUUCUCCUGAGCUUUACACUUCGCGUAUUUUUUUUCUCCUCCCUCCUCGGCGUUCGGCACUUUUCAAAAAGCGGCGCCCGAUCGCUGGAAGCUCUGGCUGCCGUUCAGCGCGGUGCGGAAUGAGCCGCCCCGGUUCUCCUGCACGGUGGCAGUAGCAGGCGGGGAGCGAUGCUGCCUGCCCCCUGGGGACCCCCGCAGCCCGCCCGGGCUUCCAGAGGCGUCGGCGCCGCCUGAGCAGCCGGCGAGGACGCGAGGCGGGUAAGAGGGCGGACCCGAGGCUACCGCUUGCCAUGUGUGCUGGUAGCGUCCGGCUUUGGCAGCUCCCUGGUCCCGGCACCGGGUAAUCGGGGCGGAGCGGCAGCAGGGCAGAGCGGCGGGGACGCAGCCCCGCGCCGCCGCCGGGAUCAUGGUGAAGGAGGAAUGCAAAGCGCUGCUGGACGCGCUCAACAAAGUGACCGCCUGCUACCGGCACAUGGUGCUGACCAUCGGCGGCACCUCGGACUCCCAGAACCUGCGGGAGGAGCUCAAGAAAACCCGGCAAAAAGCCCAGGAGCUAGCGGUGGCCAACAGGAACAAGCUCACCACGGUCCUGAAGGACAAAACCGUGAGUAAAGAAGAUAAAGCCGAGUUCGAGAGGCUAUGGGUGAUUUUCUCCACGUGCCUAGAGAUCCUGGAGAUCGACAUGAGGAGAGCCCUGGAGCUGGGCCACGAGUUCCCACUAAACGUCCCCAAAAAGCACCUGAUCCAGACAGGCAUGAGUGGGGGAACCUCUGGCGUGGCUGCCAGGGCGAUGAGCGUCCAGAACAUGAAAUACGAGGCUGAGCACAAUAUAGACGUGGUGGAUUUGAAAGACCUCGAGAACGAAAUCAACCAGGUAGGAGAGAUGAUGUACGAGAUGGAAAUGAAGGUCAAUGUCCCCCAGUGGACAGUAGAGGCUAAGCAAGACCCAGGGGCUGAACUAAAAUCCACCAUCAGCGUGGGCGCUUCUUCUAUUGGCAUGAUCUCUGUGGAGGAAAAUAAAUCCUUCUGCGAUAUCAGCAAAAUUCUAGCUGGGAUUAUUUUCUCCGCUGUGCUCAUUAUUGCUAUUGUCCUGGCAGUGUGUGUGGUAAAACUCUCUUAGGGUGGUGCGGGCUCUGACAAGAGCGAUCCCCCUCUGGUCUGUCCUGGGAGUGUUUCAUGUCUCACCUUUAAUUUCAAAACAGGUCACUUGGAUGAGCUGAGAAUUUAAACCUAGCACUUGAAAAAAACAAAGCAAAACUUUUGCCUCUCAAUAUCCUAGAACGCACGAUUUGUUUCUUCUUGCUUUUUGAAGAAAAGGCAUGCAAAUCAGCCUGCAGAAUAGGAUGUCUGCAUCUGCUGGACUUGUAACGGUUAACUCUGAAGUAUCAGGGUAUUAUCACUACUGGCUAUAACAGGGAUUUGUCUGCUAUUAAUAGAGCACUAUUCUCAGAAGCCUGUAUUUUUUGUUCUUGAAUAGACUCUGGUGUUUGCUGCUGGUCACUGUUUACAGUAUUUGAGAGUAACACAAACCUGGAGGCUAACACAGGUGUUUUGUCCGACAAAGCAAAUAGGAUACUUUUUUUCCAUCAAAUACACAAAAUAUUCAGUGGAGUAAGAGGAGAAGGAUGGACCCCAAUAAAAGAAUGUAAACAAUCUAUUUUAGAUGUUAAUGGCUAGGGAGAGGGGAAGUGUGGAGGAGGAUGGAGAAAACAGAACGAGCAAUGUUUCAUACCAAAUACUGUUUGUUGAUUUAGACUGGAUUGUACAGAACCCAGUUGCAUGGGUUGGCACAGCAUAUGCGAAUGACUAAUGGCUUUCCAAAUCCAGAGAGAAAAAAGGGAGAGCUGCAUAUUCAGAAAAAUACUAGCAAGUCUCGUGGUUCUCAUCCUCAUUUACGACGAUUUUGCCUUCCCCUACAGAAAGGCUGAGUAUCUUGCCACUGGUUUAAAUUUUUCUUUCUGUAGAAGCAAACAGUCUGCACUCCACAAUUAACUAUGAAUCUACUCGCAGCAGAAGCAGUAAUUUUUGAAAAGAAAUUCUGGCAAACAGAAAUGAAGUUGAGUUAAAGCAGACCUUUCUAAUAAUCCAAAAAGAGAUCCCCUCUCAUGUUGACAGGCAGGGAGUGAUGCCUGUAUAUGUACAGUCACAUUUCUGCAAGCUCCUGAAUUCUUUGCAGAAAUCCAGACAAAGCUAAAAAUGUGUCUCAGUUUCAUAUCUCAUUCAUGUCUGAUUAAUCACUUGGGAAACAGGAAGCCUGCAGGAUUGGUCCAAUUUGAUACACUGCAAUUUUGGGAGGUAAAUGCAAGAGUAGCAUAAAACUUCCAACUGCUUCCUUGUAAAAUUGUCAAUGUUUAAAUGUAAAAUUGGGGCGACAGACACUAACUUUGCAGAGAAACUCUAUAAUGGCUUCUACAAGGACCUAUGUAUUUAUUAUGUAACUUACGGAAAUGUCUUCUGUUACUGUGAACACACACUUUGUAGUGCCAUAGGUGUAUGAGGCACUCCUCAGGCAAAUAUAAAGACUCUGUCAUACUGGGGGUUUAGUAAGUUAAUAUUCUUCUGCAUUGAUUAUUAUGGACACAUUAUGAAAAAGUAACAAUUGGACAAGUUUUGUGAAGUUACUAGACAAUAGUCUUCAUGCUUCUUAAAUAAAAUUAUGUUGAGAACACUCAAAACCAGCUAAUAUUUUUGAAUUAAGAACUAAACAUCCUUUGAAAAACUGCAGCAAACAGCUUAUUCCUUAAAACUUAAGAGAACUGGAUUUGGGGAGGAAAAGCGUGUGACAAAUUUGAAUCUGGUCACUUGUACAUGAGAAAAAAAUAAUGUAGGUGAGGAAAAACGGUAAGUGGAGGCCUGAAUUAAAGGCUAUAGACUAUCAUUAUGUUGAAGGAUAACGUGAGUUCUGCACAAUGAUCCAGUCUAGCUCCAUUCUUGUGGGAAUUCACAGUUUUAUAAGAUGACUCCACAUUCCUUUCUACUGUAUUUCACUCAUUCCAUAGGAUGUGUUUUAUACGUAGUUAAUCUAGGUUCGUAGAGAUCCCUGGCAGCAUUCUAACGAAGUCAAGCCUGUAUUUAUCGGUGCUACUGUUUCAGUCUGUCUAGACAAGGUGUAAUUGCUGUGUGUUGAUUUAAAUUAGAUUAUCUCCUUCGCAAUCAUAUUGAGUAAAUAUAUUUAUGGAAAAUACAGCACAAGCUGCAAGUGAAUGUACAUAUUUGGAUUGCCACCACUAGUCACUAAGGAUUUGUGGAUAUUUUCAUUCUUUGCACUCUCCUUUUACUUAAUUCACAGGAAGAUGGAUAAGAAGUCGGACUCUAUUCUGUGCUUCUUGAAAACUCCAUGUUCCUUUGGAAAUCAGAGCAUUUAACCACAUGUUCUGAAAACCCAAGUAAUGCAAGUCCAUUUUCUGUUGGAUAAGUAAAUGGAACACCUACAGCAUUCAUUAUCUUGUAUCUUAGUAUCCUGAAGUGGGUAUACUGAUUAUCCACGGUUAGUUGCAUAGAAGAAUUUUUAAGAAUAGGUAAUCUCAUCUUCAAAAGCAAGCCUCAGCGAGUUGAUAAGUUUUCAGGCUAUUGCAUUUUUUGGAAUUUGGAUACAGGACUCAAAGAAUUCGUAUGAAUAGCCUAUAAUUAUGUAAGUCUUACUUCGUUAUGAAUAUGCACGCAAUUAGUAUUUAAAGGACUGGACCUUGGAAAAAUAAUGUAUUUUCAAAUCUUAAGACAAAUCUGGCUGCAGAUUUAUUCAUCAUUAGUUUGUUCCUAAAAAUCUGUAUCAUCUUAUACUUAGGCUAUCUGAAAUUAAAAGAUUAAAUAGAAUUCUAACAGAGGAUUGGCACCAUCUAAAUGGGUAAUGUUCCUGCCAUUAAUCUCCCACACUUGAUCCAAGUGUACACUCAAUGUGACAUAGUUCAGGCACAACAGCGCACAAAAUUAAAGCAAGAUGAAACUACCAUUGCCCAAAAGGUCUACUGCUUCUUUUAAAUUAAGAAAUAAAUAGAUGUUGUAGAUUUGCAGUCUUCAUUUUUGUCCCCACUGGAAUGCAACUGGAAGGAGACUGGAAAUGCUAUUUUUGUAAGUGAAAAAUGCGAAGUCGAACUUCAAAAUACUCAAUAUUUAAAUAGCAUGAGUAAAAUGCAGAUACUCUCAUGCUAGUCAGUGAAUGAGAAUGUUACUGUGUUUUCAGUACAGAAGAUGAUCAUUGCUUAAUUUCAAUGUUGUUCUACUUAAGUUCUUUUGUCUCUAUUCACAGGAUACAUUCAUUAAAUUUGCUGUAUACUAAAAUCUUAUUCCUGACUUGAAUUACACUGAUUUUGCCUGUGCAUGGGUGGUAUUUUCUACACUUUGAAUAAUUCAAACUUGUUACUGUCACUAUUUAUUUAACUUAAAAUAAAGUAUGUUCUUAUAACUCA